AUGCUGGUGCUGCCCUCCGCAGAGGCCAUGGAGGCCCGGCCCUCUCGGACAGGCAGGUCUCCAGAACCCGGACCUUCCUCCUCCACAGGACCUCCUCAGACUUCCUCGUCUCCGAGGCCCAACCACUACCUGCUUAUUGACACCCAGGGCAUCCCAUACACCGUGCUGGUGGACCAGGAGUCUCAGAGAGAGCCUGGGGCAGAUGGGGCAUCAGCUCAGAAAAAGUGCUACAGCUGCCCUGUGUGCUCCCGGGUCUUCGAGUACAUGUCCUACCUGCAGCGACACAGCAUCACCCACUCAGAGGUGAAGCCCUUCGAGUGUGACACCUGUGGGAAGGCAUUCAAGCGGGCCAGCCACCUGGCUCGGCACCACUCCAUCCACCGGGCUGGCGGUGGGCGACCCCAUGGCUGUCCGCUCUGCCCUCGCCGCUUCCGUGAGGCGGGUGAGCUGGCCCAGCACAGCCGGGUCCACUCGGGAGAGCGCCCAUUUCAGUGCCCCCACUGCCCACGCCGAUUUAUGGAGCAGAACACGCUGCAAAAGCACACUCGGUGGAAGCAUCCAUGA